AUGCCCCCCAAGCGUGAACCCGCUAAGCAAACAGGUAAAGUGGUAGACGCCAUCCCAUCCAGAUCCCCUGCUAACCAAUCCCCCCUUUAUCCACCCCCAGCUGGGCGCUGGGACUUUGCUGCAGCCGGUAUUGAGCUGGCAGCGCGCAUGUCCGCACAGCCGGCGUCGGGCACCUCUGCCCACUCCGAGACCGAUCCGGCCCCGCAGGAAGACAAUCCGUUCGACUUCGAGAGUAAGGUCUACCAUUUGGAUGCAGCAUUCGGGCUUGAUGAGCCGGCUGGAGAAGGGGAGGACGGUGGGAGGUCAACCGGAGGAGCUACACCGGCGUUACCAGAGGACCCCUCCCAGUCCGAUCAGGCGCCGGCCACCGAUGAUGACGACUUCAACUUUGAAGUACCUGGGCUUGGUGAUGACAAUGUCCCGGCGCCCCAGGGCGAUACCGCUCUGGCUGGCACUGGGGACCGUCCUGACAUUACAUUCUUCCGUGGCACAGAUGGUGUGCCGACCCGAUCUCGGAUGCCCACCUACGGAUGGACCGGCGUCGAAGAACCCGGCCCCGGCGAAUCCAGACGUCUAACAACGACUCUGUCUCGGGAACCCAGGACCAGCGGCGAGGUCUCUUGGGUCUGGCACCCUGGAACCAUUCCUCGGCCUCCUGUGUUUGACGAGAUGGUCCCCGCCGGCAUGACCGCCAACUCCUACCGCAACUUCGUCCUCACCCAGAUGAUGCAGCAGCCUGAUGACUCGAUGACCGCCUUUCUCCUCAACCUCUUUGUCGCCCACUCGGCCACCAAGUUGACGGCUCUCCAUCCAGAGACCCCCGAAGCCGGUGUCGGACACAUGAUCAGUACCCUCGAGAACGGCAAGGACGUCUUUUGGUCCAUCUAUCCGGAGUUUUUCAGAGAGAUGUAUGGUUCCUGGCCUCCGGCCACUUUGGGAGAUGCCAUCAAGAUUGCAGAAACGUUGAUGGCCUAUGAUCAGACGAAGCUGUGGAAGCAGGAGUAG